GUAAACAAGGAUGUAAAGCGUCGUGUACUCUUCGCGAAUCUUUGCCCAGUUUUACACUCUCUAGUGUGCAACCGCACGAAGUAAAUGCCCACCAAUCAACGAAGCGACCUGGGCGGGGGCGAGUUCGUGCCAACGGUGGCCUCCGCUGACUACGCCCUGGCUCGCCGCGAGCGGGCAUCGUUGCUGCUGCUCCAGCAGCGGGGUGGUGGGACCAGCGGUGGCGAUGCGGCAGCGCUGGUGGAGGCUGCGGGUCUGGAGCUGGCUACAGGUGGGACUGCAGGCGCUCUGGACAUGGGCGCGAUGGAUGGGCCUCACAGCGGCGGCCACGGGCAGCAGUGCUGCAGGCAGUUCGGUCAAGGCACCCGGCCGCGGCGGCGGCCAGGGCGCCAACCCCUUUGGGCAGCUGCCUCCCGGGCUAGGGGUGGCCAGGCUGGUGCGAGGGAUGGCGCCUCUAUGGCAUACGCCUACCAGGGGUUUGGCGGACAGCGUGCCGCUGCUGCAGGACGUCGCCGUGCAGCCUCAGCAACAGCAGCAGCAGCAGCAGCAGCAGCAGGCAGCAGCCGGGAGACGCAUUCGCCUACCCGUAUGCGGACCCCUACGGCUACGGCUACCAGCAACAACAUGUGACGGCGGGCGCCCAGCAGCAGACGGCGGGCUCAAACGGCGUCAGGCCACCGAUGUACGGCAACCUUCGAUUUGUGUUGGGAUGGGGGUCGACUCCAUGGCACAGGUGCAGGAGGGUGCAGGCUACAGGCAUAGGUGGGUGCACGUGCCUUAAUCGAAUGGAUAUAUGGGAUCUGAUGGAGUGGAGGUGUGGCUAGAGGCGUGGACGUAUGGAGGAUGGGCCCUGAGAGGGAAAGAAGGCGUGUGCAUUCCUAGAAGGGUUGGCGCUGUGGGCGAGCUGCGGCGUGCACGGCAUCGAUGGGGACAU